UUUGAUUAUUUCUUUAAUAAACGAAACCUAAAAAGGGCUCCACCCCCGAUGGUUGGUUCGACAACAACAACCUGCUGUCUGGCUGCCUUUGCAGCAGUGACUGUCGGAGAGGACAGGACCGUGGUCGAGAUGCAGGCCCCAGCGGGCCCCAGUCCUGGGCAGACCUGCGUGCUGAUCCUGAUCUUCACUGUGCUCCUGCAGUCCCUCUGCGUGGCCGUGACUUACAUGUACUUCACCAGUGAACUGAGGCAGAUGCAGGACAAAUACUCCCAAAGUGGCAUUGCUUGUUUCUUAAAGGAAGACGAUAUCCCUUGGGACCCCAAUGAUGAAGAGAGUAUGAACACCCCGUGCUGGCAAGUGAAAUGGCAGCUCCGUCAGUUUGUUAGAAAGAUUUUGAGAACCUAUGAGGAAACCAUUCCUACAGUUCCAGAAAAGCAGCUAAAUAUUCCUUACCUAGUAAGAGAAAGAGGUCCUCAGAGAGUAGCAGCUCACAUAACUGGAACCAGUCGGAGAAGAAGCACAUUCCCAGUUCCAAGUUCCAAGAAUGAAAAAGCUUUGGGUCAGAAAAUAAACUCCUGGGAGUCAUCAAGAAAAGGACAUUCAUUCUUGAAUAAUUUGCACUUGAGGAAUGGUGAGCUGGUUAUUCAUCAGAGGGGGUUUUAUUACAUCUAUUCCCAAACAUACUUUAGAUUUCAGGAACCUGAGGAAACAGAACAGAACAGAAAGAGAAACAAACAAAUGGUACAAUAUAUCUACAAAUACACAAGUUAUCCUGACCCGAUACUGCUAAUGAAAAGUGCUAGAAAUAGUUGUUGGUCUAAGGAUUCAGAAUAUGGACUCUAUUCCAUCUAUCAAGGUGGGAUAUUUGAGCUGAAGGAAAAUGACAGAAUUUUUGUCUCUGUAAAUAAUGAGCAAUUGAUUGACAUGGACCAAGAAGCCAGUUUUUUUGGCGCCUUUUUAAUUGGCUAAAUAAUCUGCAAAGGAAAAACAGUAUUCUCAACAAAUAUUGCUUGUCACAACAAAGCAAGGAAGCCUGAGCAAAGCUGCCUCAACCAAAAGACCAAAACAACACACGGUUUUCUAAUAUCUGUGAAAGUGACCAAGUCUAAGAAAGCAACCAAGAAGAAAGUGAAAUUGCCAAAAGACCUUGGGCUCUUCCUGAUAUCAGCUUGCUAGCAGGAAUCUAGAAGAUUCUGUUACCAAACACUUGUGUACCUAUAAACAUCUGUCUUUAUUAUCUAUUCUUGUGAAGAUUCCAGAAGAUUAAUGACCAUCUCUUAAGUAGUAUAUCACCUUGGUUGCUUUCAAGUUGCCAUUCCCAAAGUUGGAAGAGAAAGGGGAACCAGUCAAAGGUCAUGAUCUUGGGAGGCAAUCUUCUGCCUAUACAUGCGAUGUGCGAAGGCAAUUUGUGUUGUGCAUGACGUCAAAGGAGGUAUCUCAUACAUCUGGAUUUGGUGGAAAUAAUAUCGUGUUGUUAAAAAAACAAACUAAAUUUAUGAUGCCCAAAUAAGGAGCUAUUUCUGAAUGGCUUGUGCUUUUUCCUACCAAAAGUCAAACUGGCCAAAAGCACUAAUAUUUUUGAUAAAGGACUCUAUGAUGAGUGAACUGCCAAUCAGAAAUCAGGGAAUUUGGUCUCAUGGGGGCAGGAGGAGAAAUGGGAAAGUGGAAAUGACAAACACAGGUAAAUCAGCAGAAAAGAGCCAAAGAAAGAUCUGAUUCCCACUCCCGACCCUAUUCUCCAUUGUCAAAUGUCUUAUCUAGUAUACAUCUCCUUAAGGUUGUAUCAUUUUUUUGCCUUUGUCAGAACAGCAAUUGCUUUUAUCUUCCAAAAUUGUGACACAGAAUAGUUCAUUGUGCCAUUUAAUCUAACCAGUUGGAGAAAAAAAUUAGUUGGCGUAUUUGUCUAAUCUCUUCUAAUUAUUAUCCUAAGCACAGCUUAACUUACACUUUCAGGUUGUGUGCUCAAAUGUUCAUUUAAAUGUGUCUGAUCAAAUAGGGCUUUUUCAAAAAGGCUCAUUUAAAUUUAAAUUUACAGCAUGCUGCAGAUUCCUGGUACUUCUGGCCUUUUGUACUCUAUUUUCCAUAGCACUAGUCAAGUUCUUACAUACUGACAAAUUGGCUUAUUUGUUACUCUGUUUUUUAAAGCCUGCUUCCUAUCUCUAGAAUAUAAGGCUGUGAUAGCAGGGAACAUUUAGUCCUGCUCAUAUCUGUAACCUCCGUACCUGGGACAGUACCUGAAUAUAGUAACCACACAAAAUGUAUUUGUGAAUAAAUGAAUGACUGAGUAAAUGAAUAUCUAAUCAUAUGGGGGAAAACAUGAAAAAUAUCCCCUGCCUUAACCCUUACACUGAAAAAACUUCAAGGAAUUUCAAAAGUAACCUCAGAGUGAGGUUUUAUUUUUUAUUUUAUUUUUAAUUUUUUUUUAAGAUUUAAUUUUUAAGUCCUCUCUACACCCAGCAAAGGCCUCAAACUUACAACCCCAAGAUAAGAGUCACAGGCUCCACCGACUGAGCCAGACAGGCGCCUCAAAGAAGAACUUUUAAGCAAAGAUUUAAAACUCAAAGUAAAAAACUGCAAUGAUUGUGAAUAUAAAAUUCAGAAAUGAAAGAGAAUAUCAAUUUUUACUCUAUAUUUUUAUACUAAAUUUUAAAAAUGUUACUUUUUCAAUAAAAAUGACAUGUUAAAAAUG